CUCUGAGAUGUCAGUUAUGAACUUGUUAUUGUGGAUAAACAUAAACAAGCGAUUUCAGGACAACAUUUUCAUCAUUUGUAAAAAAAAAUUUUUAACAUCUUGUGAUAGCUACAUUGUAACGACUCCGGAGACAAUAGUUACGAUACAGGAACGAUUACGAUACCACAAGUGCGAUUCCAGGUCAGGUCGUAAGUGAAUGGUGUGAUGUCUUGUUAUCUCUGAUAGAUGUGUGAUGAUUUGUUAUCUCUUAUAGAUGUGUGAUGUCUUGCUAUCUCUGAUAGAUGUGUGAUGUCUUGUUUAUCUCUGGCAGAUGUGUGAUGUCUUGUUUAUCUCUGGCAGAUGUGUAAUGUCUUGUUCAUCUCUGACAGAUGUGUGAUGUCUUUUUCAUCUCUGACAGAUGUGUGAUGUUUUGUUCAUCUCUGACAGAUGUGUGAUGUCUUGGUUAUGUCUGACAGAUGUGUGAUGUCUUAUUUAUCUCUGAGAGAUGUGUGAUGUCUUGGUUAUCUCUGAGAGAUGUGUGAUGCCUUGGUUACCUCUGAGAGAUGUGUGAUUUCUUGUUCAUCUCUGACAGAUAUGUGAUGUCUUGUUCAUCUCUGACAGAUGUGUUAUGUCUUGUUCACCUAUGACAGAUGUGUGAUGUCUUGUUCAUCUCUGACAUAUGUGUGAUGUCUUGUUCAUCUCUGACAGAUAUGUGAUGUCUUGUUCAUCUCUGACAGAUGUGUGAUGUCUUGUUUAUCUCUGACAUAUGUGUGAUGUCUUGGUUAUGUCUGACAGAUGUGUGAUGUCUUAUUUAUCUCUGAGAGAUGUGUGAUUUUUGUUCAUGUCUGACAGAUGUGUGAUGUCUUGGUUAUCUCUGACAGAUGUGUGAUGUCUUGGUUAUCUCUGACAGAUGUGUGAUGUCUUGUUCAUCUCUGACAGGUGUGUUAUGUCUUGUUCACCUAUGACAGAUGUGUGAUGUCUUGUUCAUCUCUGACAUAUGUAUGAUUUCUUGUUCAUCUCUGACCGAUGUGUGAUGUCUUGUUCAUCUCUGACAGAUGUGUGAUGUCUUGUUUAUCUCUGAGAGAAGUGUGCUGAUUAAACUUAGUUGUCCUACAUUUACCAUCUGACCCACCAUUUUCAUUGACCUAAUAUUUACCUUGUUGACACUCAUUUCAUAAUUUUUUUUUGCUUCAACAGAUGCCCACUAUAUGAAGGGAGGUUACUUCGACCAGACAGACACCAUUUACCCAAAGAGUUACACCGCUUGUCCCUACGACAUAGCCGUAGAAUUGAACUCACGCCCACCCCACUGCGCCCCUUCACAACCCACCAAUCCACCGCUUGGCCCACUUCUGGAACUCUCUAGAGGGGCGCUAGAGGAUGGACCCCCACAGCCAGUUUCCCCCCUCCCCAAGGGAAAUGUACAUGUAUCGGCCACCCCAGUCAGGGGCGCCGCCCCAGUCGAAUGGCCACAGUGGCGUAAGUAGCUUCCUUACAAAUAACUGUCAGGUUGACUCGUCUUAACAGCGAAGAUACAAUAAAAUAGCUUGACACAUCUGCAGCAUUUGAUUUGAAAGAUAUUUCUUGUACUAGGUACUAUAAAUAUCGAUUGUACAUGAUAUAUAUUUUUUACAUGGUAUAUAUAUUAUAUGGUAUAAAUAUUGUACAAGGUAUAUGUAUUUUACAUGGAAUAUAUAUUGUACAUGAUAUAUAUAUUAUGUUUGGUAUACUGUUAUAUAUGGUACAUAUAUAUUGCAUAGGGUAUAUAUAUAUAUAUAUAUAUAUAUAUAUAUAUUUAUAUAUAUAUUGUAUUUUAUAUGAUGUAUAGAUUGUUUAUGUUAUAUGACGGAACUUGUAAAACUUAAUAGUUUAUUGUUAUCGCUGUACCCAACAUGAUCACACAAUACAAACAAUGUUAUAUAUAUUGUAUAUGAUAUAUAUAUUAUGUUUUGUAUAUUGUUAUAUAUGGUACAUAUAUAUUGCAUAGGGUAUAUAUAUAUAUAUAUAUAUAUAUAUAUAUAUAUUUAUAUAUAUAUUGUAUUGUAUAUGAUGUAUAGAUUGUUUAUGUUAUAUGACGGAACUUGUAAAACUUAAUAGUUUAUUGUUAUCGCUGUACCCAACAUGAUCACACAAUACAGACAAUGUCGCAUGAGGCGGCCCGAGCCAAGGCUCUUUUGCCAACCUUUCCCCUCGAGAGCUCCUCACAUGUGGCCUAAACCCUAGCUCCUAACAUGUGCCCUAAUCUUUAGCUCCUAACAUGUGUCCUAAACAAUAUCUCCUAUAAUGUGCCCUAAACCCUAGCUCAUCAUAUGUGUCGUAGAACCCUAGGUCAUCACAUGUGCCCUAAACCCUAGCUCAUCACAUGUGCCCUAAACCCUAGUUCAUCACAUGUGCCCUAAACCCUAGUUCAUCACAUGUGCCCUAAACCCUAGUUCAUCACAUGUGCCCUAAACCCUAAUUUAUCACAUGUGCCCUAAACCCUAGUUCAUCACAUGUGCCGUAAAACCCUUGCUCAUCACAUGUGCGAUAACCCUAGCUCCUAACAUGUGCCCUAAACCCUAGUUCAUCACAUGUGCCGUAAAACCCUUGCUCAUCACAUGUGCCCUAAACUCUAUUUCAUCACAUGUGCACUAAACCCUAGUUCAUCACAUGUGCCCUAAACUCUAGUUCAUCACAUGUGCCCUAAACCCUAGUUCAUCACAUGUGCCCUAAACCCUAGUUAAUCACAUGUGCCCUAAACCCUAGUUAUCACAUGUACCGUAAAACCCUUGCUCAUCACAUGUGCCCUAAACCCUAGUUUAUCACAUGUGCCCUAAACCCUAGUUCAGCACAUGUGCAGUAAAUCCUAGCUCAUCACAUGUGCCCUAAACCCUAGUUCAUCACAUGUGCCCUAAACCCUAGCUCAUCACAUGUGCCUUAAACCCUAGCUCAUCACAUGUGCCUUAAACCAUUGCUCAUCACAUGUGCCUUAAACCCUGUCUCCUCACCUAUCGCUACAUUGCGACCAGGCCAGUCGGCCACAAAACGGUUUUGACUCCGAAAAACAUGGUUCUUGUCAAGAAAUUGGGCUCUGGAAAUUUUUAAAUUGUCCUGCUGCUGAUUUUUGGCUCUUUUGACUAUCACCAGUAACCACUUUAGUGACAACGUGCCAUCAAGGGCAGCCUACCCCGGGAGCAAAUUGAAACAUACUUGUCAACGAAUUCCUACCUUGUCCAAGGAGAUGGCCAGCUGGUUGAUUCAAUCCUCUUAUUUUAAUGAUUGAAUCUCUUUUUCAAAGCGUGAUUCAACUUCAUCGUACAAUUUUAUUUCAAUAGUAUCGUAUUUUAAUUUUAAACUUAAACAGUAGGCCCGUUUUUAUCAAACUACCUUUUUCAGUUUUUAUAGCUUAGAAAAGUAAUUGAAUUAGACAGUGUGGUCGGGUUGACACUUAACUCACUUCGCCUUAAACAUCUUCCUCUUUAGUCAUCAACUAACCACUAAAGUAUGCGCGCCUUAAAAUGCAUCUAAAUUUGUCCAAGCUCACACCACAAACUUCAUCACAGAUCCACCCACUUCAUCCAAGAUCCACCCAGUUCAUCCCAGAUCCACCCACUUCAUCACAGAUCCACCAACUUCAUAGCAGGUCCACCCACUUCAUAACAGGUCUAUCCACUUCAUCACAGAUCCACCCAGUUCAUCACAGAUCCACCAAAUUCAUCACAUAUCCACCCACUUCAUAACAGGUCCACCACUUCAUAACAGGUCCACCCACUUCAAUCACAGAUCCACCCACUGCAUAACAUGUCCACCCACUUCAUAACAGAUCCUACCACUUCAUAACAGAUCCACCCACUUCAUCACAGAUCCACCCACUUCAUCACAGAUGCACCGCCUUCAUCACAGAUCCACAAACUUCAUCAUAGAUCCACCAACUUCAUCACAGAUCCACCCACUUCAUCACAGAUCCUCAAGCUUCAUAACAGGUCCACCCACUUCAUAACAGGUCCAGCACUUCAUAACAGGUCCACCCACUUCAAUCACAGAUCCACCCACUUCAUAACAUGUCCACUUCAUAACAGAUUCACCCACUUCAUCACAGAUCCACCCACUUCAUCACAGAUCCACCACCUUCAUCACAGAUAUAUCCACUUUAUCACAGAUCCACCCAAUUCAUCACAGAUUCACCCAAUUCAUCACAGAUCCACUCAUUUCAUCACAUAUCCUCAAUUCAUCCCAGAUCCACUCAUUUCAUCACAGAUCCACUCAUUUCAUCACAGAUCCACUCAUUUCAUCAAAGAUCCACCCACUUCAUCACAUAUCCACUCACUUCAUAACAGAUCCACCCACUUCAUCACAGAUCCACCAACUUAAUCACAGAACUAACCACUUCAUGACAGAUCCACAAACUUCAUGACAGGUCCACACACUUCAUAACAGGUCCACCCACUUCAAAACAUGUCCACCCACUUCAUCACUUAUCCACCCACUUCAUCACAGAUCCACAAGCUUCAUAACAGUUCCACUCAAUUCAUAACAAGUCCACGCACUUCAUCACAGAUCCACCCACUGCAUGACAUGUCCACCCACUUCAUAACAGAUCCACCCACUUCAUCACAGAUCCACCCACUCCAUCAUAGAUGCACCACCUUCAUCACAGAUCCACAAACUUCAUCAUAGAUCCACCAACUUCAUCACAUAUCCACCCACUUCAUCACAGAUCCUCAAGCUUCAUAACAGGUACACCCACUUCAUAACAGGUCCACCACUUCAUAACAGGUCCACCCACUUCAAUCAAAGAUCCACCCACUUCAUAACAUGUCCACUUCAUAACAGAUUCACCCACUUCAUCACAGAUCCACCCACUUCAUCACAGAUCCACCACCUUUAUCACAGAUAUACCCACUUUAUCACAGAUCCACCCAAUUCAUCACAGAUUCACCCAAUUCAUCACAGAUCCACUCAUUUCAUCACAGAUCCACUCAUUUCAUCAAAGAUCCACCCACUUCAUCACAGAUCCACUCACUUCAUAACAGACCCACUCAUUUCAUCACAGAUCCACUCAUUUCAUCAUAGAUCCACUCAAUUCAUAACAGGUCCACCCACUUCAUCACAGAUCCACCCAAUUCAUUACAGAUCCACCCAAUUCAUCACAGAUCCACUCUUUUCAUCACAGAUCCACCCAAUUUGUCACAGAUCCACCCAAUUCAUCACAGAUCCACCCAAUUCAUCACAUAUCCACUCAAUUCAUCACAGAUCCACCCAAUUCAUCACAGAUUCACCCAAUUCAUCACAGAUCCACUCAUUUCAUCACAGAUCCACACAUUUCAUCAAAGAUCCACCCACUUCAUCACAGAUCCACUCACUUCAUAACAGAUCCACUCAUUUCAUCAUAGAUCCACUCAAUUCAUAACAGGUCCACCCACUUCAUCACAGAUCCACCCAAUUCAUUACAGAUCCACCCAAUUCAUCACAGAUCCACUCUUUUCAUCACAGAUCCACCCAAUUUGUCACAGAUCCACCCAAUUCAUCACAGAUCCACCCAAUUCAUCACAUAUCCACUCAAUUCAUCACAGAUCCACCCAAUUCAUCACAGAUUCACCCAAUUCAUCACAGAUCCACUCAUUUCAUCACAGAUCCACACAUUUCAUCAAAGAUCCACCCACUUCAUCACAGAUCCACUCACUUCAUAACAGAUCCACUCAUUUCAUCAUAGAUCCACUCAAUUCAUAACAGGUCCACCCACUUCAUCACAUAUCCACCCAAUUCAUUACAGAUCCACCCAAUUCAUCACAGAUCCACUCUUUUCAUCACAGAUCCACCCAAUUUAUCACAGAUCCACCCAAUUCAUCACAGAUCCACCCAAUUCAUCACAUAUCCACUCAAUUCAUCACAGAUCCAACCAAUUCAUCACAGAUUCACUCGAUAUACAGAACACCCAAUUCAUCAAAGAUCCACUCAUUUCAUCACAGAUCCACUCAAUUUAUCACAGAUCCACCCAAUUCAUCACAGAUUCACCCUAUUCAUCACAGAUCCACUCAUUUCAUCACAGAUCCACUCAUUUCAUGAAAGAUCCACCCACUUCAUCACAGAUCCACUCACUUCAUAACAGAUCCACUCAUUUCAUCACAGAUCCACUAACUUCAUCACAGAUCCUUCCACUUCGUCAGAGAUACAUAGGAUCAGAACUACCAGGUCAAAUUCUUUACCUCAAUAGGACGAACUACGGUAAAAAUUCGUCAGUUCCCCAGUCUGUCAGAAUUUACCAGUGUUCUUUCUUCCCCCCCCCCCUCCCCCAUAACAGUUAAGUCAAUAUUGUUACAAGAACAAAAGCUAAGUUGAUUUAAAGGACUUAAACAGUUCGACUGUCCAGGAUCACUGAUAUGUCCUUGUGGAUUUCUUAUGUGUGCUUGCUGCUGGUGGUGUGUCCCUGUUCUCUGUACACAUGGUCACUCCGUUCGUCCAAGCUUUUCAUUCUCCUCUUUAAAAGCUGCCCUUAAUACGAUCCUUUUAGUGACGUCAUGAUCUGUAGGCGUGUGCCUAGUGGGUCAUUGGUGUAGCCAUGUGCCUAGUGGUUCAUCGGUGUAGCCAUGUGCAUAGUGGUUCAUCAUUGUAGCCAUGUACUUGUGGUUCAUUGCUGUAGCCAUGUGCCUAUUGGUUCAUUGGUGUAGCCAUGUGCCUAGUUGUUCAUUGGUGUAGCCAUGUACUUGUGGUUCAUUGGUGUAGCCAUGUGCAUAGUGACUCAUCAUUGUAGCCAUGUACUUGUGGUUCAUUGCUGUAGCCAUGUGCCUAGUUGUUCAUUGGUGAAGCCAUGUGCCUAGUGGUUCAUUGGUGUAGCCGUGUACCUAGUGGUUCAUUGGUGUAGCCGUGUACCUAGUGGUUCAUUGGUGUAGCCGUGUGCCUAGUGGUUCAUUGGUGUAGCCAUGUACCUAGUGGUUCAUUGGUGUAGCCGUGUUCCUAGUGGUUCAUUGGUGUAGCCGUGUACCUAGUGGUUCAUUGGUGUAGCCAUGUGCCUAGUGGUUAAUUGGUGUAGCUAUGUGCCUAUUGGUUCAUUGGUGUAGCCGUGUACUUGUGGUUCAUUGGUGUAGCCAUGUGCCUAGUGGUUAAUUGAUGUAGUCAUGUGCCUAUUGGUUCGUUGGUGUAGCCAUGUGCCUAGUUGUUCAUUGGUGUAGCCAUGUGCCUAGUUGUUCAUUGGUGUAGCAAUGUGCCUAGUUGUUCAUUGAUGUAGCCAUGUGCCUAGUUUUUCAUAGGUGUAGCCAUGUGCCUAGUUUUUCAUAGGUGUAGCCAUGUGCCUAGUGCUUCAUUGGUGUCAUUGGCCAUACGGCUUUAAAUUUAGCUUAGAAAUACACGGAAAUUAACUGUUAAGAGAUUUUAACAACUUUCGUUUCACCAGUCCUCAUCUGCUCGUGUACUUCUUGCAGUUGGUGUGGUAGAUUUUUUUUUAGUGUUCAUCCUUCUCGCGAAGAUGACCAAGGCUUCAAUUUGAGUAUUAGCCUGGACUUGCGUAGUAGUCUUGACUUGAGUAGUAGUCUUGACUUAAGUAGUAGUCUUGACUUGAGUAGUAGUCUUGACUUGAGUAGUAGCCUUGGCUUGAGUAGUAGUCUUGAAUUGAGUAGUAGUCUUGAAUUAAAUAGUAGCCUUGACUUGAGUAGUAGUCUUGAAUUGAGUAGUAGUCUUGAAUUAAAUAGCAGCCUUGACUUGAGUAGUAGUCUUGAAUUGAGUAGUAGUCUUGAAUUGAAUAGUAGCCUUGACUUGAGUAGUAGCCUUGAAUUGAGUAGUAGUCUUGACUUGAGUAGUAGUCUUGACUUGAGUAGUAGUCUUGAAUUGAGUAGUAGUCUUGACUUGAGUAGUAGUCUUGACUUGAGUAGUAGUCUUGAAUUGAGUAGUAGUCUUGAAUUGAAUAGUAGCCUUGACUUGAGUAGUAGUCUUGAAUUGAGUAGUAGUCUUGAAUUGAGUAGUAGUCUUGACUUGAGUAGUAGUCUUGAAUUGAAUAGUAGCCUUGACUUGAGUAGUAGCCUUGACUUGAGUAGUAGCCUUGACUUGAGUAGUAGUCUUGACUUGAAUAGUAGUCUUGACUUGCGUAGUAGUCUUGACUUGAGUAGUAGUCUUGACUUGAGUAGUAGUCUUGAAUUGAGUAGUAGUCUUGACUUGAGUAGUAGUCUUGACUUGAGUAGUAGUCUUGACUUGUGUAGUAGUCUUGACUUGAGUAGUAGUCUUGACUUGAGUAGUAGUCUUGACUUGAGUAGUAGUCUUGACUUGAGUAGUAGUCUUGACUUGAGUAGUAGACUUGACUUGAGUAGUAGUCCUGACUUGAGUAGUAGUCUUGAAUUAAAUAGUAGCCUUGAAUUGAGUAGUAGUCUUGAAUUGAAUAGUAGCCUUGACUUGAGUAGUAGCCUUGACUUGAGUAGCAGUCUUGACUUGAGUAGUAGUCUUGAAUUGACUAGUAGCCUUGAAUUGAGUAGUAGUCUUGACUUGAGUAGUAGUCUUGACUUGAGUAGUAGUCUUGACUUGAGUAGUAGACUUGACUUGAGUAGUAGUCUUGACUUGAGUAGUAGUCUUGAAUUAAAUAGUAGCCUUGACUUGAGUAGUAGUCUUGAAUUGAGUAGUAGUCUUGAAUUGAAUAGUAGCCUUGACUUGAGUAGUAGCCUUGACUUGAGUAGCAGUCUUGACUUGAGUAGUAGUCUUGAAUUGACUAGUAGCCUUGAAUUGAGUAGUAGCCUUGAAUUGAGUAGUAGUCUUGAAUUGAGUAGUAGUCUUGAAUUAAAUAGUAGCCUUGACUUGAGUAGUAGUCUUGAAUUGAGUAGUAGUCUUGAAUUGAAUAGUAGCCUUGACUUGAGUAGUAGCCUUGACUUGAGUAGUAGUCUUGACUUGAGUAGUAGUCUUGACUUGAGUAGUAGUCUUGAAUUGAAUAGUAGCCUUGACUUGAGUAGUGACCUUGAAUUGAAUAGUAGUCUUGAAUUGAAUAGUAGUCUUGAAUUGAGUAGUAGCCUUGACUUGAGUAGUAGCCUUGACUUGAGUAGUAGUCUUGAAUUGAAUAGUAGCAUUGACUUGAGUAGUAGCCUUGACUUGAGUAGUAGUCUUGAAUUGAAUAGUAGCCUUGACUUGAGUAGGGGCCUUGAAUUGAAUAGUAGUCUUGAAUUGAAUAGUAGCCUUGACUUGAGCAGUAGUCUUGAAUUGAGUAGUAGUCUUGAAUUAUAUAGUAGCCUUGACUUGAGUAGUAGCCUUGACUUGAGUAGUAGUCUUGAAUUGAAUAGUAGCCUUGACUUGAGUAGUAGUCUUGAAUUGAAUAGUAGCCUUUACUUGAGUAGUAGCCUUGACUUGAGUAGUAGUCUUGAAUUGAAUAGUAGCCUUGACUUGAGCAGUAGUCUUGAAUUGAAUAGUAGCCUUGACUUGAAUAGUAGCCUUGACUUGAGUAGUAGUCUUGAAUUGAAUAGUAGCCUUGACUUGAGCAGUAGUCUUGAAUUGAGUAGUAGUCUUGAAUUGAAUAGUAGCCUCGACUUGAGCAGUAGUCUUGAAUUGAAUAGUAGCCUUGACUUGAGUAGAAGCCUUGACUUGAGCAGUAGUAUUGAAUUGAGUAGUAGUCUUGACUUGAGCUGUAUUUUGUUUAAGGUGAGGGAGACUUACUCAAUAGGGAGUCUUACUCAAUAGGGAGACUUACUCUAUAGGGAGACUUACUCAAUAGGGAGUCUUACUCAAUAAGGAGACUUACUCUAUAGGGAGAGUUACACAAUAGGGAGACGUACUCAAUAGGGAGAGUUACACAAUAGGGAGACGUACUCAAUAGGGAGACUUACUCAAUAGGGAGACUUACUCAAUAGGGAGACGUACUCAAUAGGGAGACUUACUCAAUAGGGAGACGUACUCAAUAGUGAGACUUACUCGAUUCGUCAGCGUCACACUCUCGUCUUUGCCUAUUUGUUCCAAAUGACAAAACUUAGUCAAGAUGACUGGAAAUAGGUCAGGAUGAAGUAGAUGACCAGCAGUGUGUCUGUGAGACACGGGUAGCAUGUGCAAUGUCAUCAAACACAUUUUCUUUUAUUUAGGAUCAAUACAAGAAAGGUAUCCUACCUUAACUUACCUUACCUUACCUUAUCGUAUCUUAUCUUAUCUCAUCUUAACUUAUCUUACCGUAACUUAUUGGGCUCAAAUUUCACCUGUAUGAAAGAUCAAAGAACCACGUCAACACUAAAGUGUCCACUAAUAUCAAAGAUUUAUUUGAUGUCUUCAUUGUCAGCAAUGUUCUGUUUCUUCUCCCCCAGAGGUCAACCAGUCCAUCACGGGGCCGGCCGCCCCCAACCCUCCCCGAGCGGAAACCAGAGACGCAGCUCGGAAACAGGAUGAGCAGCAGUCGGUCAUCCAUGUCGAGCCGGGUCAGUAGGUUUGAUCUCUUUAUAUGUUUGUACAAACGGGCAGAUAGAGAACGGAAGAAGGGACAUAGUCUUAUUUUAAACAUACUGACUGCCAUAAUACAGACUUUUACUCUACGAACAGACAGUCAAUGUUCAAACCAACACAGUUCAGACAGACUACCACAUUACAGACAGACUACCACACCAUAUACUAUAGCCGGAUAAAGUAUUUCCUCCGUACAAGCUACCACACCACGGACAGACAAAGUCUUACCCCUCACACAGACUACCACACCAUUGACAAAGUCUUACCUCUCACACAGACUACCACACCAUUUACAGACAUAGUCUUACCCCUCACACAGACUACCAUACUAUAGACAGACAAAGUCUUAUCCCUCACACAGACUACCACACUAUAGACAAAGUCUUACCACUCACACAUAUUACCACACCAUAGACAGACAAAGUCUUACCCCUCACACAGACUACCAUACUAUAGACAGACAAAUGCUUACCCCUCACACAGACUACCACACCACAGACAGACAAAGUCUUACCCCUCACACAUACUACCAUACUAUAGACAGACAAAGUCUUACCCCUCACACAAACUACAACACUAUAGAAAGACAAAGUCUUAUCCCUCACACAGACUACCGCACUUUAGACAAAGUGUUGCUUCUUACACAGACGACCACACUAUAGACAGACAAAGUCUUACCCCUCACACAGACUACCACACCAUUGACAAAGUCUUACCUCUCACACAGACUACCACACCAUUUACAGACAUAGUCUUAUCCCUCACACAGACUACCAUACUAUAGACAGACAAAGUCUUAUCCCUCACACAGACUACCACACUAUAGACAAAGUCUUACCCCUCACACAGAUUACCACACCAUAGACAGACAAAGUCUUACCCCUCACACAGACUACCAUACUAUAGACUGACAAAUGCUUACCCCUCACACAGACUACCACACUAUAAAUAGACAAAGUCUUACCCCUCACACAGACUACCACACUAUAGACAGACAAAGUCUCACCCCUCACACAGACUACCACACUAUGCACAGACAAAGUCUUACCCCUCACACAGACUACCACACUAUAAACAGACAAAGUCUUACCCCUCACACAGACUAACACACUAUAGACAGACAAAGUCUUAUCCCUCACUCAGACUACCACACUACAGACAAACAAAGUCUUACCCCUGCACAGACUAAUGGUCAAUGACAACUGGCUCCUACGUUAUUCACAAACUUCCUACAGUUGGUGGAACCUGGGUGGGAGAAAAACCCCACCAGCUUGUUAUUUUAAAAACCUAGGAUCCCUUUCUAGAUCGACGUGUGCAGGGGUCCAGUCCUAGAUAUAUGUGUUCAGGGGUCCAGUCCUAGAUCUAUGUUUGCAGGGGUCCAGUCCAAGAUAUAUGUGUUCAGGGGUCCAGUCCUAGAUCUAUGUUUGCAGGGGUCCAGUCCAAGAUAUAUGUGUUCAGCGGUCCAGUCCUAGAUAUAUGUCUGCACGGGUCCAGUCCUAGAUCGUGGGUACUGUACUGUUUACAAUAAUAUAUAUUUGGAAAGAGGAUCUUGGUUGGGUUCACUCACUUCUUUUCCCCAGGACUCUGCCCGUCACCCUUGACCCCCCCCCCCCCCCCCCCUAUCCAAAAAUCAUAAUAGGCAUCAGGCGUGCAUUACAACCGGAUCUUACUAAGAUGUUUGGCAAAUGUUAAAUCUAGACCACAGAUUUCAAGAGUGUUAGGUCUUGCGAAAGGAAUCUUUGUUUUCAAAUCAUAUUCGUGCAUCAUGGUGUUUAGCCUUGGUAAGAAAUAGUUAUUUUAAUUAAGGGGAUGCAACACUUACAAGGAGCCAGCUAACGUUAAGAGAAAAAAAUCCUCUGUAACUCAAGAUGCAUAAUAACGUUUUAAUUUCACUUUCUUAAUGUUGGUUUUUCACUCUCUUGAAUGUCAGUUUGCUACAUUUCUUUAAAAGAAAAAAAAAAAGACUUUUGCUAAGAGGCUAACUGACGUUAUUAAAGGCAUUACAAUUUUGAUUAAACUUCGUAAUUAGAUCAGUUGAUUUUAUUUUGUCUGGCUGAGAAAGUCUUAAGUUUAAUGUUGACAUAACGAUAUUCUUCAAGGGCUGACCUAAAUUUUAGCCUUCCAUCUUAGAAAACAUAUUAGCCGAAGAAAGCUGAAUUUGCAUUAAUGAAAUUCCUUGAAAUGUUGGGCAAAAUCUUGGCUGGCGAAAACAAUUGUCAAUAUUCAUCGACACUGUGUCCAACGGGAUAGAUGUGUCCAAUGGUAUAGAUGUGACCAACGGAAUAGAUGUGUCCAACGGGAUAGAUGUGUCCAAUGGGAUAGAUGUGUAAACAGGAUAGAUGUGUCCAAUGGGACAGAUUCAUCAAAUGAGAUAGAUGUGUCCAAUGGGAUAGAAUCGUCGAAUGAGAUAGAUGUGUCCAAUGGGAUAGAUGUGUAAAUAGGAUAGAUGUGUCCAACGGGAUAGAUGUGUCCAAUGGGAUAGAUUUGUCCAAUGAGAUUGAUGUGUCCAAUGGGAUAGAUGUGUCCAAUGGGAUAGAUGUGUCCAAUGGGAUUGAUUUGUCCAGUGGGAUAGACUUGUCCAAUGGGAUAGAUUUGUCCGUAACAUGUUUCUGGCUUUAAAGUUUUAUUGAAACACUUAAACAAUCAGAACUACAAAAACACUUAACACCCCAUCUGAAAUGUCACCUGUCUUACUUACACACAUGUUAUAUUGCAGGGUUCAGUGACAUCUGACAUCUCCUCCCCGCCGCCCAGCCCGGGGUACGCCCAGACCGAGCCCACCCCCUACCCCCACAGCGCUGCCGUCUCCUCGGCCCCGGGUAAGCGCUACCAGGAGAACAAACCCUUCUCCUACGCCGCGGGGCUCGGCCUCCCCAAGCUGGCCCAGCAACACCCGAUCACCAUGGAGGUUUCCAUGAGAACGAGGGAGGCCUCACCCCAAAAUGGCCGCCACGCCAAGUCAGAAGCGCUGACCGCCGCGGCUGACUACGCCAGGUUUUCGGCCGGCGACGACCAGGUCUUCCAGGAUCAGACCAACGGCCCCGCCAUCUAUCAGCGGAUCAACGGGAGCAGGGACAACAGGACCUGCUCCACGCCCGAGGGCUUGCUGGGAGGGAGGAUCGAGCAGGUUCAAGAGGGGUCCACGAACGGGAAAUACUCUGAGGGAAUCUACGGCAAGUUCGUGCAGCCAGGGAGCGCCGGACAGCACCGGCCGAAGUUGACCUACGUGCCUCCACCUGUCGUGCCAACUGUGCAAGAGUCCAAGCCUUCCACCGAACCUAACGCGCAGCAACUGCUCGUAAAUCAGAUACAGCAGCAGCAAAUCGUUCAACAGUACCAGUAUUAUCAGGAUUAUCCGCAAC